AUGUCCUUGCGAUUGCUGCAGAAGGCUCUGGAUGCUGGGCUGGUGCAUGCGCAAGGCAGAAAAGGGCCCAAGAGGAGGUUCAAAACUAACACUGUUGAGGCCACGAGCGAUGCUGGGAGCCUGGUGAGCCACUGGCGAUAUCACCGGGGUGCCAAGCGCGCCACGCCGAUGAGCCUACAGCACUUCCACGAGCAAACCGCGAGCGCCAGCGCUGUUGGAAGCGGAAGACAUUCGGCAUGGUCCAAAGGAGCUUCUCGCAGCAGUCCAUCCCUGCCGGGAGAGGAAGCAGAUGACGCCAGUAGGACAGCGCGUCCUUCCACGGGGCCUUCUGCAUGGGCCAAAGGUCCGCCCAGUUCUGCUGUGGAGAAUCUGUGGAGUGCUGCGCCCGCAGCUGACGCGGACGAGGAUGAUUGGCAGGCGCCGGCUCUGCAUGAGGCGCCGGAGCCUACGGAGAACGUCGAGUACGUCGAUGACUGGGGCACGGACACCACGGCAGGCCCCACUGAAGCCUACAGUGUGGCUGAAAGUCCAACUCGAAUAGAGGCCAGUCAGGAAGCCCCCUGCGACGCCGGAGAUGGAGGAGAAGAGAUCCAGGAGCCGCCGGAGCUCGUGGAUCCGACCGACGAGGAUGAGGCUGAAAGCUUGGGAAGAGAUGUGGGUCUCUGGCUGAGCCACUUAAACCUCGCAGACCAGAAGCAGGCGGUGCUCGCCUGGUGUGAGGAGAUGGGGGCAGCUUCGCUUGAGGAGGUCAUCGAGAGCAUCGAGGACCUGGCGCAGGCGCUGGCUUUGAAGCCUCUGCAGGAGAAGCGCCUUCAGAACAGAGCUGCGGAGGCAUUGGAGAAGGUCCGAGCCAGCGAGGCAGAAGCCGAUGCAGAUGUGGCCGCCGGAGCGGGACCCUCGACGGCUGCACCCGGCACGAGUUACUAUGAUGAAAAAGCAUCAUCCUCGCGUGCGGGUUCAAAAGAGGUGUCGAGGGCACAGAGCUUCUACAAGUCGUGCGGCCAAGAAGCAGAGGACAACUACCUCAAGCAGAGGCCUACAGAGGUCGCUGUCUGGGUGCCGUCUGCCAAGAAGAGCCAAGGUGAAAGGAAGCGGCAGAAGAAGCCACUGGCCAGCGAGGCCGACGCCGAGGCUGAAAAAGAGGCCGAGAAGGCGAGGCGAGAGGCAGAACGACGGCUGGAAGAGCAACUGCGCGAGGAGCAUGAGCGGAAGCUCAAGGAGUGUCGCGAUCUCAUUGCAGAUGCCUUAGAUCGCACUGACUCGGAGGCCUUCGCCACAGCUCUGGCAGCCGCCAAGAAGGCAGGGCUUUCGCCGGAGGAGGGCAAGGAAGCGCAGGAGAAGCUGAACCUCGCACUUCGCAGGCGCACGCAGCGUCGACACGACGCUUUGUGUGCCUUGCAAGCGAGUCUUGAAGCUCCCAAGGAUGAGAGCUUUGGACCUGCAGUGCAGAAAGCCUUGGAGGAGGCCAAGGCAGAAGGAGUGCUCGAGCACGUGCCUGGCGGCCGCGAAGCGGCUCGAGAUGCCGAGGCGGCUUUGCAUGACUGGGAGAUAGCAGAGCAGCAGCGGCAGGAAUCUCGCAUGGCGCUGCAGUUUGCUCUGCGUCGCGGGGAAGUCGGAGCUCUUCAGGUGGCACUCAGCGAAGCCAAAGCUGCGGGUCUUCCAGACGACUCGGAACUGAUGACGGAGGCAGCCUCUCUUGUCCAGGAUCCACGUGACGCUCAAGAAGAGGAGAACUUGGGCUUCGCUGACUGGCGGCAUGAGGCUGAUAUCCAGGAUGGCGAUGGAAACCUGCGCCUGGUCCUGUUCUCCUUCCUGGCGCUUCUGUCCACGGCAAUCUUCUACUUGCAUGUGGCGCAACAGGGGCAGGGAUCCAAACUUCUGAGCCCCAAUCAACUGGACAAGCUCAGUAACAUGUCGAUUGCCGCCCUUGGAACAAUGGACGAUGGCUCCCUGGACCGGCUCCGUCGUUUCAAUCUCGACGUCUUUCACAAGUUUGCCCCCGUGAUUCCCUUCGAGCCCCUGCCUUCGGACGUGUUUCUCGUGGGCGUCAUGGGUAGUGGCAUCACCAUGCUGACGCAGGUGGCACAUGGGCUACGGUCCAAAGGGGACAUGUCUUUCAAUGACAUCAACGAAGUUGUGCCCUGGUUUCAUGCGGCGCAGCUCUGCGGGCAGAACUUGGAUGAACAUCAGCCUUUCAAGCCACGCCUCUUCAAGACGCAUCAGCUGUAUGAGAAGCUGCCAGAGGAUGCCAAAUUUGUGGUUCUGUUUCGUGAUCCUCGGAAAAUCUUUUUGACCAGAUACCGACGCUUCUGCAACAGCUCCUGGACUGACUACGCUCGCGUUUCCCGUGGUGCGAUCUCCUUGGAGAACUUCGCCGUGGGCAUCUUCGGACAUGAGUCGAGCAAUGAGGUUUGGAAGUUCAUGAGGUCGUGGAUUUCAUGCUGCUUAGGCAGCCAGAAGGUGCUUUUUGUUUCUUUCGAAGACUUGGUGGAGCAGACGGCAGACGAGAUUCGCAGGAUAGGGGCGUUCAUAUCUCCGCACGGCCGAGUCUCUGAUGAUGCCCUGCGUGUGGCCAAGAACCAGUCCACCAGAAAGUUCAUGCAGGAGCACAUCUCGCAGUUUGAUGAUCACUUCGUGCUGAAACACCUCAAACCUUUUAAGGAGGAGGUCCAGGCGUUUGGACGGCUCCCCCGGAUUCCAAAGAUUUGGACAGAGAGCCUGGCCCAGGAGCUCCCGCAGCAGAUCGAGGAGCUCUUCGAGGCUCGCUGGAAGCGCUUCCUGGGCGACACGGGCUUCGCUUCCUACGAGGACUUGAGGACGCAGCUGCAAGGCAAAACCUCUCGCUCGAGGUCGAAGUCGGGCAGCGAGGUCUCAGAUCUGUGGAUCAAAGGCCUGCUCGCACUUGUCGCUGCGAUGCUCACCGCGGUGCUGGUGAUUCGGGACUGGAGGCUGCGCGCUCUGGGUUUCCUUCGUCGGGCAUUCAAGGACGCUCUCGGAAACCGCAGGUCGCUGUGA